UCGCCGCAGUUUUCUCGCCGAAACUCGUCGUGCGGUGCAGUCAGACUCUGUGUGCGCGUGCGCCGUAGAUGAUUCGAACCACCAUCGACACCACCAUCCGGACAAGCGGCGAGUGGUUUGGAGAGUUCAGCGCCCCCACCGUAUCACGUAGUCGCUACGGCGAGCGACGAUUCCUCGAUGUGUUGAGCUGCCGUCGGAGCAAAGAGCACUCGCCUGUUGAAGACAGGUGCCACUGGUGCAUUGACGACGGGUGCCACUGUCCCACAGUGAAUCUUACAUACGAGUUUGGAACAAACCCCUCUCUGCGAAUCAAAGUACAAUAUUCUAGAGGUCAUAGAGUGUGUAGUGCGUUCUACCUUGUCAUGUGACCAGAAGACCCCACCCUCCUACCCCAGGUGAUCAGCUCUAUAAAGACGCAAUGUUUCGCGGGGUGGAAGUAGUAGCCACGUCCACUGAAGUACCCGGCAGUGUGUCGGCAGAGCAGACUGGGUAGAAAGCGCCGGAGUGAGGAAGGUGUGAGAGGUUGACUUGUCCAGUGUCAUCAGUAGAGAAUCCUAGGAGAGCCUCUACAACUGUAGAGUACAAAGGUUGUUCAGACAACAACAAUGUCGACUGUCCUGACACUACUGUGUCUCUGUAGCCUCACCUUGUGGACCACCGCGGAUGUCAAGGUGUUGACUCCACAACUGACUUCCAAAAUUGAGGAGUUCGUAAGAACCUCAUUCAGUGCCGGGGAGUUGUCAGCCUCUCCUUGGCCGUCGUCAAGGGCAACGAGACCUGGACUCGAGGGUUCGGCAUGGCCGACAAAGCGUCUGGACGACCGGUGAAUUCCUCCACCUUGUUCGCCAUCGGGUCGGUGACCAAGGCCUUCACAGCCACUAUCCUGGGUAUGCUGAUGGAUGAGAGUAACAGGGGGUACACAUGGCAGACACUGAUCAAAGACAUUCUUGGCAGUGACUUCCAGAUGACAGACAAUUACAUCAACAGUCACAUGACAGUCAAAGAUAUGUUGGUGCACAGGACAGGUCUGGCUAACCCUAACAUACCACUUUUUGCUGGAGCUGCAGAGGGAAUGUCCAGAAGAGAUUUUACAAGGCGGCUUCAGUAUUUACCUGUGGCGGGGGACUUUCGUGACGAGUGGAACUACAACAACUGGAUGUACGUACUGGCCGGGAGGGUGGCCGAGGUGAUGGGCGGAGCAUCCUGGGAGGAGCUUCUCCAUCAACGCAUCUUUCAGCCUUUGCAGAUGAAUGACAGCCGGGUCAUCGGGUACAAUGUGGAGGUGGAUGCGACAACUUCGCCUUGCCUUAUGCUCAGCUCAAGAAUGAAGUGGUGCUGUCGGACACCUCAGUUUACAGCGGAGCCCGCCGGCGCCAUCGCGUCUUCAGCAGACGACAUGGCCAAGUGGUUGUCUUUCCACUUGCAGGAGGGAGUGACGCCGGCCCAAGAACCUCUCCUCAAGAAGGAAACCCUCGAGGAAACAUACAAUCUGCACACGGCGCUUUCUGUUAAAUUUUUAAAAAGAGACUUCGUGAAAAAGCCGCAGUUCCCUGUCACCUUCAGCAGCUUCGGCUAUGGUUUGGCCUGGUUCAUCUCUUCCUACCGAGGUUACCAGGUGACGUGGCAUUCAGGAGGAAUCUACAGCUACAUCACUUACCUGGUCCUUAUAAGAGACCUUGAUAUCGGGAUCUACAUCGGUACCAGCGCUCCGUUCAACAGCACUUCAGGUGUUACAGCCAUCGAGGUCUUCUACUAUAUUGCUGACCUCCUCCUUGAGGAGGAUCCUUGGUUAGACACAGUCACCUCCUGCCAGUUCCCUGGUCCCUGGCUAGGUGCACCAGAACAGGGCCCUUCCAACACUAACGAUGUUCCUAUCGUUGUCCCAGGCCUCGUCGAAAAACCUAAACUGUUCGAAGGGACGUAUGGUAACAGACUGUUCGGGGACAUCGUCGUCUCCAUCGACACAAGCGGCGACCUUCUGGCCAACUACAGCCGCAUCUUGGGCAAACUGCACAAGACCAGCCAAACCCACGUCCUAAUGUUGGACAUGUACGGUUCCCUGGAGUUUAUGAAAUAUGGAGGACAAAAUGUGAUGUACAUCAACAUGACCUUCACCUCGCCAGGUCAAGGCGGGGAGUACCAGUCGCUCCUGGUCAGCUCCCCUGACAUGGGGGAAAUGGAUGUGCUUCUGUACCAGCGAGGGGUGACAUUUUCAGACCUUUCAGACCUCAGACAAAGUGACAGUACCAGUGCAGGCACACAGUCGUCUUCACUCUUACUUCAUGGCGCCUUGGUAGCAUGCGCAGACGACGAAAUAAAGUGCCCAUGACCUCCCGACAAGCGUUUGACCUGCCUGAGACCUUUCAGCAGGGCAUCAGAGAGAGAGAGAGAGGAGGCUGAUAGGACUCUCAACAAAUGAGCCUCCCUGAGAUGAAAUCUGUGAAGUUUUUCUUUUCGCUCGAUUUUUUUUUUUGAACGUGAGAAACACAGAUCGUAAAAAUAAAUUAUUCCUCACAGAC